GGGCUAGGUUGGCCCCGGCAGCUUUUCCCGGCUGGGUGUCUGCCCUCCUUCUCAGAGGGGACCCUGUGCGACCUUAGCCCCAUCCCGGUCUGGGGGCUCUUCCCCACUCAGCUUGGCCCCAACCACCCGGAGACCCUCGGCAAGCCUGACCUGGUGGCAGAGGUCAUGAUGCCGCCACCACGGAGCAAGAAGCCCAGAUAGGUGCCCCUGCGGCCCGGCUCGUGGAGCCCCCCGAUGCUGGCAGCGGGGCCCACCAUGGACGGGGAGUUCCCUCCGCACGAGCCUCCGCCAGCCGGCAGCGUCCUGUACAGCCCGCCGCCCCUGCAGACCCCGCUGUGCGGGCCCAGCGUCCAGGAUGCCAUGCUGCAUUACCCCUGGUGGAACAGCUUCUCGCCCACGCCAUACCCAGCCUUCUCCAGCGAAAGCCACCAGUUCAUGAACUCCUCCUUCAUUGUGGGCCAGCCCUGCGUGGACACCAGCUAUGGCCCUGCAGCCGCCACCCCCAGCUUCCCGCCAAAGAGCAGCGACUUUCCUCAGGACUCCUCGUACCUCGAUGACCUCUCUAAUGCCUCCAUCUUCUCCUCGUCCGUGGACUCCCUCUCGGACAUCGCAGACACACCUGACUUCCUGCCCGCCGACAGCCUCAGCCAGGUGCCCACCAUCUGGGACGUGAGCACUGGCCCCUCCGCCCAUGACAAGCUGUUCCUGCCCAGCGGGCCGUUUACAGGCCUUGAGGACCCUGUGUCCUCUCUCUCCAGCACCCCACUUCUCGUCAGCUACCAGUCUCAGAGUCAGCCCGAGGAGGACGAUGAUGCCGAGGAGGAUGAGGCGGAGGAGCUGGGCCACGCGGAGACCUACGCCGACUACGUGCCGUCCAAGUCCAAGCUUGGGAAGCAGCACCCGGACCGCGUGGUAGAGACCAGCACGCUGUCCAGCGUUCCGCCGCCGGACAUCACCUACACCCUCGCCCUGGCCUCCUCCGACAGCGGGGCCCUUUCCGCCCUGCAGCUAGAGGCCAUCACCUACGCCUGCCAGCAACACGAGGUCCUCCUCCCCGGUGGGCAGCGCGCGGGCUUCCUUAUCGGCGAUGGCGCGGGUGUGGGCAAGGGCCGCACGGUGGCCGGCAUCAUCCUGGAGAACUACCUGCGGGGCAGAAAGAAGGCCUUGUGGUUCAGCGUCUCCAACGAUCUCAAGUACGACGCGGAGCGCGACCUGCGGGACAUCGCCGCCCCUGGCAUCGCGGUGCACGCGCUGAGCAAGAUCAAGUACGGCGACAACACUACCUCAGAGGGCGUCCUCUUCGCCACCUACUCCGCCCUGAUCGGGGAGAGCCAGGCAGGCGGGCAGCACCGCACGCGCAUCCGGCAGAUCCUGGAGUGGUGCGGCGAGGCCUUCAACGGCGUGAUUGUGUUUGACGAGUGCCACAAAGCCAAGAACGCCAGCUCCACCAAGAUGGGCAAGGCCGUGCUGGACCUGCAGAACAAGCUGCCCCUGGCCAGGGUGGUCUACGCCAGCGCCACAGGUGCCUCUGAGCCCCGGAACAUGAUCUACAUGAGCCGCCUGGGUAUCUGGGGCGAGGGCACGCCCUUCCGGACCUUCGAGGAGUUUCUGCAUGCCAUCGAGAAGAGGGGUGUGGGCGCCAUGGAGAUCGUGGCCAUGGACAUGAAGGUCAGUGGCAUGUACAUCGCACGCCAGCUCAGCUUCUCCGGCGUCACCUUCCGCAUCGAGGAGAUCCCGCUGGCCCCGGCCUUCGAGCACAUCUACAACCGGGCGGCCCUGCUGUGGGCCGAGGCCCUGGGCGUGUUCCAGCAGGCCGCUGACUGGAUCGGCCUGGAGUCACGCAAGUCCCUGUGGGGCCAGUUCUGGUCGGCCCACCAGCGCUUCUUCAAGUACCUAUGUGUUGCCGCCAAGGUGCGCCGGCUGGUGGAGCUGGCCCGGGAGGAGCUGGCCCGGGACAAGUGCGUGGUUAUUGGGCUGCAGUCCACGGGUGAGGCGCGUACCCGGGAGGUGCUGGGCGAGAAGGAGGGCCAGCUUGAUGGCUUCGUGUCCGCUGCCGAAGGCGUCUUUCUGUCGCUAAUUCAGAAGCACUUUCCUUCAACCAAGAGGAAGCGAGAGAGAGGACCGGGCAGUAAGCGAAAACGGCGGCCGCGGGGCCGCGGGGCCAAGGUGCCCAGGCUGGCGUGUGACGCAGCGGGCGUGAUCCGCGUCAGUGACGACAGCAGCACGGAGUCGGAUGGCGGCCUGGACAGCGACUUCCACUCCUCCCCCGAGUCCCUGAUGGACGACGACGUGGUCAUCGUGGACACCAUCGGGCUCCCGGCCGACGACCGCGGCCCCCUGUGUCCCCCACCGCGGGACCUGCACGGCCCCGGUGUCCUGGAGCGGGUGGACCGGCUGAAGCAGGACCUGCUGGCCAAGGUGCGGACGCUGGGCCGGGAGCUGCCCGUCAACACCCUGGACGAGCUCAUUGACCAGCUUGGGGGUCCGGAGUGCGUGGCGGAGAUGACCGGCAGGAAGGGCCGCGUAGUGUCCCGGUCCGACGGGACAGUGGCCUUCGAGUCCCGGGCGGAGCAGGGCCUCUCCAUCGACCACGUGAACCUCAGGGAGAAGGAGCGCUUCAUGAGCGGAGAGAAGCUCGUGGCCAUCAUCUCAGAGGCCUCCAGCUCCGGCAUCUCCCUCCAAGCCGACCGCCGGGUCCCCAACCAGCGGCGCAGGGUGCACAUGACACUGGAGCUGCCCUGGAGCGCCGACCGGGCCAUCCAGCAGUUUGGCCGGACCCACCGCUCCAACCAGGUCUCCGCGCCUGAGUACAUCUUCCUCAUCUCGGAGCUGGCCGGGGAGCGCAGGUUUGCCUCCAUCGUGGCCAAGCGGCUGGAGAGCCUGGGGGCUCUGACCCACGGGGACCGCCGAGCCACCGAGUCCCGUGACCUGAGCAAGUACAACUUUGAGAACAAGUACGGCGCCCGGGCGCUCAGCUGCGUCCUCACCACCAUCCUAAGCCAGACAGAGAGCAAGGUGCCGCUGCCCCAGGGCUACCCUGGAGGGGACGCCGUCUUCUUCCGCGACAUGAAGCAGGGGCUGCUGUCGGUCGGCAUCGGCGGGCGCGAGUCCCGGUCCGGCUGCCUGGACGUGGAGAAGGCAGACUGCUCCAUCAGCAAGUUCCUCAACCGCAUCCUGGGGCUGGAGGUGCACAAGCAGAACACGCUCUUCCAGUACUUCUCCGACACCUUCGACCACCUCAUCGCCGCCGACAAGAAGGAGGGCAAAUACGACAUGGGCAUCCUGGACCUGGCCCCCGGCAUUGACGAGAUCUACGAGGAGAGCCAGCAGGUGUUCCUGGCCCCCGGGCACCCGCAGGAUGGGCAGGUGGUCUUCUAUAAGAUCAGCGUGGACCGCGGCCUGAAGUGGGAGGAGGCCUAUGCCCGGUCGCUGGAGCUGAUGGGCACCCACGACGGCUUCUACCUCUCCUACAAGGUCCGCGGCAACAAGCCCAGCUGCCUGCUGGCCCAGCAGAACCGCGGCAAGCUCUUCACCGUGUACAAGCCCAACAUCGGGCGGCAGAGCCAGCUGGAGACCUUGGACAGCCUGUGCCGGAGGUUCCACCGGGUGACAGCGGAGGAGGCCAGAGAGCACUGGGAGAGCAGCUACACCUUCUCGCUGACGCACUGCAGCCACACCACGUGGAACCGGCACUGCCGGCUGGUGCAGGAGGGCAAGGACUGCGCGCAGGGCCUGAGGCUGCGACACCACUACAUGCUGUGCGGGGCCCUGCUGCGCGUGUGGGGCCGCAUCGCCGCCGUCAUGGCCGACGUCACCAGCAGCAGCUACCUGCAGAUCGUGCGCCUCAAGACCAAGGACAAGAAGAAGCAAGUUGGCAUCAAGAUCCCCGAGGCUUGCGUGCGCCGCGUCCUGCAGGAGCUGCAGCUCAUGGACGCCGAUGUGAAGCGCAAGCAGGCUCGCGCCCGGGGUCUCCCCGCGCUGCCGCCCGCCCCACGCCCGCUCGCGCUGCCCUGUGGCCCCGGCGAGGUCCUGGACCUCACGUACAGUCCGCCGGCCCAGGCCUUCCCGCCGCCCUCGCCCUUCGCCUUCCCGGCCCCGGCCCCUGGCCCCGGCGGCCUGCUGCUGGGUGCCCCCGAUGCCCCGGCUGACCCCGCGGCGCUCCUGCACCAGGGUUGCGACAUCAACUUCAAGGAGGUGCUGGAGGAUAUGCUGCGCUCCCUCAACGCCGCGCCGCCCCCUGAGCCCCCCGGCCCGCUGGGCGCCGGCAGGGGGGCAGCAGGCGCGCCAGAGGGCAGUGGGGGCCCCGAGCGGCAGAGCGUCAUCCAGUUCAGCCCCCCCUUCCCCAACUCCUAGGCCCCGAGGCAUCCUUCCCGCACGAAACUUAUUUAUCUAUAAUAGGCGCCCUGUCUACACCGGGGAAGCGGGUGGUGAGCGGACUACUGAGAGGAGCAGGCGGGGCCAGGGGCCCUUCGUCCGGCCUCCCGAGGCCUCCACUGCAGUGCCUUCCCGCUGGUGCCUGGGCAGACCCUCGAGACGCUGCCGGCCCUGGGGGGGGCCCUCCGAGCCCUGCCUGGUGGGCAGUGGCCAUGCGCAGGCCCCACUCAGGACACUUAGGGGCCAGGCAGGGCCUGGGGGUGGGGGGCCUCCUCUGUGCCUCUUGUCCUCUGCUGCCCCCCUCCAGGCCGGGGUUGGGGCUCCCACCCCACCCACCUUACCAGGCCGGGUCAGGCCUGGAUCCCUGAAAUCCACAAAACUGGGUGGCCCCAAGAGCUGGAAACUCAGGAAACCCCAGGUGCUCAGGGCCCCACCGCCUCUGGGGGGCUCCGUGGGGCAGAUCUUCUAUUAAUAUAUGCAACCCCCUCCCUGCUCUCUGUGCCCUAAAUUAUUGCCCAGCCACCUCUCCCAGGGCCUGGAAUCUCCUGCGGAGCUGGUGGGUGGCCCCCUGGUUUCUAUGUGUAUUUAUAAUGAAUUCAAGUGUAUAUAUGUAAAGAGAUCUUUUUUAAAUAUAUGUGCCUUUUCACUACUU